AUGAGCACCACCGACCUCAGGUCCGAGGACGGGCUUAGGACACUCACCCUGUCUGAGCUGCAAGGCGGCGAGAUCGACGGCUGUGCAGACGAGCUCUUCGAUGCAACCACCGUCCUCAUCUUCCCCAACGAUCUCGUCCCACGCCACAACUUGGGCAACGUGCUCGAGAGCAAGACGGUCAAUUACGCCGUCACCACGGCUCCGUCUCCCGUCAUGAAGGACUCGCUUCAGCUCGCGCUCAAUAGCGAGACCUCGGCCAUAACCUUGUUUGGAGCGUACAGGCUUUUGCAGAUACUGCGAGCGAUUGCGGGCUCGGCAUCGGUGCUUGGAACGUGGUGA